AUGCUCACGGGGCUGUUGUGGGCGGCGGGGGCGAUCACGCUGAUUGCCUUUGUCGACAGAUACCUGCUCAAAGGGUGGCUUCGCUUUAACUGGCGCACCUUUGUUUUCUACGGCUACGUCUCGUUUUGCUCGACCUUUGCUAUUCCUUUCUUUGCCCUCUUCAACCCUGGACACUGCAUUAAUUCCAAGCGAAUAUCUUAUGUACUCCGUUUAGCAUCGUACUUAGUGGGCAUCGAAUGGGAGGUCAGGGGUCUGGAGGUGCUGGGGCAGCGGCGGGGGUGCGUGGCCGUGGCGAACCACCAGAGCUCCUUUGACAUUCUUGGCAUGUUCUGGUUUUGGCGCUGGUCGCACCUGAUCGCCGCCGUGGCCAAGAAGGAGAUCUUCUACGCGUGGCCGUUCGGUCUGGCCGCCUGGCUGGCCGGCGUCGUCUUCAUCGACCGAAUCAACUCGGACAAGGCGCGCGGCCAGCUGGCGCACGCGGCCAAACUCAUGGCCGAGCACGACGUCAAGCUGUGGCUCUUCCCGGAGGGCACCAGGAACAAGCGCCGCCGCUGCCUGAUGCCCUUCAAGAAGGGCGCCUUCCACGUCGCCGUCGCUUGCCAGGCGCCCAUCAUGCCCGUCGUCUACUCGCCCUACUACUUCAUCAACCCCCACAACAAUUUCCACACUGGUGGCAAGGUAAUUGUGACAGUUUUGCCAUAUAUUGAAACGGCUGGUCUGACAAUGGAUGAUAUCGACGACCUGAAAAACAAGAUUUGGCAGCAGAUGGCACAGACUUAUGACAAAGUUGCAGCCGAGAUGCGCACAAAACUGCCCGCAGACUACCCUGGCCUAGUGGGCUUUGAGGAAAAAGAGAGCUGACAAGCUGAAGACUGUGAUCUAACUUUAUGCUAAAUGCGUUGUAAUUUACAAA